AUGGCCGAUUUCAUCGACAUCGGCUACAAAACCUGCAAAGCCGACGGUACCGUAUCCCAAGUGAAAGCCGACGGAUGUGAUUUGGUAAUCAAAGAUGGCAAAAAAGUGUGUCUCUUCAAGAAAGGAACCCGUCCAGUCAUCCAAAUCGCCUUCAAGCCAAGCACCGCAUCGGAUAAGCUUAAAACCUCGGUUCGCGCCAAGGUUGGAGGAUCCGCAAUGGUCGAUUUCCCACAACAGAACUCGGAUGCUUGUACUUAUGGUGUCAAAUGCCCUUUGACCGCCGGUUCGGAGCAAGUUUUCGAGCAAUCCAUCGCUAUCACUGAUAACCAUCCAGCUGGUGAUCAAAUCCAGGUCAACUGGCAACUCACACGUCCAGACGCUGGAAAAGAAGUCUGCAUCAUUUUCUUGGCUGAAAUUGUUGAAUAA